CUCGCCUCAAUAAAAUGGGCCGAGCUAUCAAUCUCGACCCCAAGGAGAAGGAGGAGGAGGACAAUUUUCCACCAAUACCACCGGGAGGAAGACGAGGCCGACCUCUAGGUCCCAAAAAUCACAGACCUCUAUGAGGCAGAGGAGGUCGAGGUCGAGGAGGAAGACCCCCAGUUCAAGUUUGUAGAGCUCCCAAUCCUCGUGAUUAUGAGGAGUAUUAUGAGGAGGAAGAGUAUCCCGAGCAUAGGGAUGAUGAUAUGAGGGGGCUGAAGGUGAAGGUGCCAUCAUUUCAAGGGAGGAAAGAUCCUGAAGCUUACCUUGACUGGGAGAGAAAGAUGGAGUACUUGUUCGAGUGCCACGAUUUUCUGACUAUGCCAUUGUUUGGUGGGACCAGUUGGGUGUUGAACGGAGAUUGAACGGAGAAGAGCCCAUCAUGACAUGGCAUCAAAUGAAGUCAUCGAUGAGGAGGAUAUUUGUACCCGUUCAUCAUCAACGAGAUCAACUCAAGCGAUGCACAUGUUGAGACAAGGAGCGAAGAGCGUGGAUGGUUAUUUCAUAGAGAUGGAGACAUUGAUGAUUCGAGCUCAUGUCAAUGAAGAUCGAGAAUCAACCAUGGCUCAAUUUCUUAAUGAUCUCAAUCGGGAGAUCAGGGAGGUCGUGGAGAUUCACCAUUACGUGGAGAUUGAGGAUCUGGUGAAGAUCGCUACUAAGGUCGAGAAGCAACAAAAGGGAGGCUAUGCGAGGAGGGUUGCACCACCCACGAGUGCCUCCUCGAGUGCAACUCGAGCUCCAUUUGUGAAAAAGGAGGAACUUAAGCCAGUGGCCUAGCCAGCGGCCACAUAUGCUGAAGAGAAGGUAGCUACUAACACACGUUGCAGCACUAUUGUGUGUUACAGGUGCCAAGGUCGAGGUCAUGUGGCAAAUCAGUGCUCGAACAAGCGUGUGAUGAUCUUACUAGAGAAUGGUGAGUAUGAGUCCGAGCCUGAUGGUGGAGAGGUUGAGACUAAAUUAAGGAAGAAGACAACGAGGAGCGGCCCAUGCCAGGCAACUACACUUGUGUAGCUCGGCGACUUGUGAAUGUGCAUAGCCCUCGAGUUUCAUACAGGAUGUGUAGCGUUGGACAAGUUCCUAGCCGGCGUCAACGACUUUUUGGUAGAAUUGAAUAUUAUUUUAAUAAUUUUAAAUUUAUAUU